CAUAAAUUCUUUUGUACUUUAGUAGAGACUUUUCCAAAAUUUUUGCUCAUGAAUCUUUUCUCUGAGCAAUCACACAUCUGCACAGAGCCCGGAAACUCUUUGAUUCCAUGCACUUGUUGAAGCCUCCAAUCGUGAACAUCUCUGUUGUAUGCAAGAAUUGGUCGAUUUCAUUUCUGACUUUGUUACUGCAGUCGAGUUGAUAGGACUUCUUGAUAUCAAGAAUGCAAAUAGUGAACUUGGUGAGUUCUUCAGUAACAAGUUCAUCGGAGAGGACACUACCGAUAGUCCUCUGCAUGCUCUCGAUGGCAGUCUGGACAUCUCAGUCAACAUGUUUAUUCUUUAUAAUCUUGGGGUGCUGCUUCUUGAACAAGUCAUUGAAGAACUUCCUGACGAGUCUGAAAGCAGCUUUCUUGAGCGAAUUUUCUCUGUUCCGCCGACUUCUUCUGCUCUUUGUGUUGCUUUUACGUGUUCUCUUCGGCUUCUUCAAGCUUGAGACUUCCUUUGUAUCUGAGAAUUGAGUUGGAGGAACUGGUCGAAGUUUCAUUACCUUCUCUGAAGCAACUUCUUUCAACCAUGGGUUCAGUUUCACAAGGCUGAAAUCAGUCUGGCCAAAGUCAGUCCAACUCUGGCUCAGAUGGGUGCACAAUUCUGCAAAGACACUAUCAGGGCGACCUUGCAUAGUUAGAAAAGCUUCAUCACUGAAGAAAGCUGAGUUCAU